UGGGACGCGGCGCGCAACGACUCGCUGCCGCCCACGCUGACCCCCGCCGUGCCGCCGCACGUGAAGCUCGGGCUCACGGUGGUCUACACCGUGUUCUACGCGCUGCUCUUCGCCUUCAUCUACGCGCAGCUCUGGCUGGUGCUGCGCUACCGCCACAAGCGGCUCAGCUACCAGAGCGUCUUCCUCUUCCUCUGCCUGUGCUGGGCCUCCCUGCGCACCGUGCUCUUCUCCUUCUACUUCAGGGACUUCGUGGCGGCCAACUCGCUGGGCCCCUUCCUCUUCUGGCUGCUCUACUGCUUCCCCGUGUGCCUGCAGUUCUUCACGCUCACGCUCCUGAACCUGUACUUCGCGCAGGUGAUUUUCAAAGCCAAGUCCAAAUACUCUCCAGAAUUACUCAAAUACCGGUUGCCCCCCUAUCUGGUCUCCCUCUUCAUCAGUCUUGUUUUCCUGGUGGUGAACUUGACCUGUGCUGUGCUGGUGAAGACAGGAAAUUGGGACAGGAAGGUCAUCGUCUCCGUGCGAGUGGCCAUUAAUGACACACUCUUCGUGCUGUGUGCCAUCUCUCUGUCCAUCUGUCUCUACAAAAUCUCAAAGAUGUCCUUAGCUAGCAUUUACUUGGAAUCUAAGGGCUCCUCUGUGUGCCAAGUGACUGCCAUUGGUGUCACGGUCAUCCUGCUGUACACCUCCCGGGCCUGCUACAACCUGUUCAUCUUGUCCUUCUCUCAGCUCAAGAAUGUCCACUCCUUUGAUUACGACUGGUACAAUGUAUCAGACCAGGCAGAUCUGAAGAAUCAGCUGGGAGACGCCGGCUAUGUAGUAUUUGGAGUUGUGCUGUUUGUGUGGGAACUCUUGCCCACCACCUUGGUAGUUUACUUCUUUCGAGUGAGAAGUCCCACAAAGGACCUCACCAAUCCUGGAAUAGUCCCCAGCCACGGAUUCAGUCCCAGAUCUUAUUUCUUUGACAACCCUCGAAGAUAUGACAGCGAUGAUGACCUUGCCUGGAACAUUGCCCCUCAGGGACUUCAGGGAAGCUUUGCUCCAGACUACUAUGAUUGGGGACAACAAACGAACAGCUUCCUAACACAAGCAGGAACUUUGCCGCAAGACUCAACUUUGGAUCCUGACAAACCGAGCCACGGGUAGCAUCCGUUGGCUUUGUGGAAGAUGCCUAUUGGAAAGCUCCACAAAGACAAACUGAAAGACGGUGGAGUUUUUAGGGCGCUUUUCCUUAAGAUAAGGGACUUGGCUUUUGUUACAGGUUCCCAGGACUAAGCAAUACUUCAAAUUCAUAGAUCCUAUUUUAGUACUAAUACGUGAGCCUGCCUUUUUCACUGGGUAUAAUUUAAACUUUUAAAAAAUCUGUACUUUUAUAAAGAUGUAUUUUAUAUAACUUAAAUAAUAAUGCUAAAGUAUACUAGGGUUUUCUCUCAAGAAUGUUAUUGCAAUAUAUAUUGUAGUUUGCACAAGACUGUUAAUGCAUAAUUCACUUUAAAACAAUAUAAUAUAUGGUCUAAUAGUUUUUUUUUAAAGCUUUUGGACUAAAGUAGUCCUCAAAUCCUUACCUCUAAAGGUCACUCAGACGCGUUCCAUACUGGUAGAUUCAUGAAGUUCAGUUGACAUCCACAAAACUAAUUCCAGUGUUGCAAGUCAAAACGAAAUAGCUUUUCAUCAGUCUAUAAAGUAUAUUUAAUAUAUUAGUAUAUUAAGGUUUAAUGUUUCAGAGAUUUUGCCAAAAGUCUGGUACUGCCUUUCAUCAGGGCACCAGUGUAUACACUUCAGUGCUAACGGGUGGACCUUGUUAACAGUGUAGCUGACUUACACUAUUAAACCUCCUCUGCUAUAAUCAAAGUGACUGUGCAUAGUUUUUUCAGUCAGAUAACAUGUCUGUUACCUCAGGACUAUAGCAAGACUACCUUUCCCAGCUCGGUGAGUGGUAACUACAGUCAAGUAGAAGCCAAGAGCAUCCCAAGACAGCAUUAUAGCCUGCGUGCCAGAGUCAAAAGACUGGGACCCUGACAGCUUUUUGGUAAUCUCCAACCAUUAAAUUGUGGUCUUUAUUUUUAAAUAAAGGUCAUGAUCACACUAAGUCAUGUCUUCAGAAAGUCCUGCAUCCUUUAGUACAGUGGUUCCUUGGUUCACAAGUGUUUUUGUUUGGAAAAAUUUUGUUUUUGUUAGUGAACUCUGCAUCAGGAAACAAACAUGACUGCAGCCAUCUUUCCAGAGUCAGGGAAUGAAUGAAGUUAGUGAACCUGAGGUACCUCUGUAUUGGGUUAGCUGAGGGCAGAUGUACUUUUAAGUGUACAGUGUCACUAAAUUAUAGAAUAGUGUCUAUCUUCUAGUAUAUGAACACUGUUUAUCAGAUUGAAAUAUCCAGCAUUAACAGACAGAAGCCCUAAUCUAUUUUUGAUAAAGCUGCUAGUAUUUAUGCAAACUGUUAUUUUUUGUUGAAUAAUAAAAACAGAUAAAGUGCG